AUGUUACCUCUGAAACUUUAUUGUUCUAUAGGAGAAAAGAAUUUAGAGAAUCAAAUUAAAUUAAAUGUUCACGUAAAUGAGACAUGUUUGGAUUUGAAGAAUAUAUUUACAGAUUUUACAAAAGAAGAUUUAAGUAAUUUCGAAGAAACCGUUAACUCUAUUACAUUCAAAUAUAAAACGACAGAUAAAACUGUCACCGUUUGUGCGCAUGAACAAGAAUACUCAAUAGAAUCGGAUGAUUUUCCCGAAAUAUCAUCUAUGUUGGAUCAUUUUUUAAACAGAAUAAAUGAAUAUUAUAUUCGAACAAACAUCGGAGUGCGUAUAACAGUAAAACCUAGUAAAGAAUUUAUCACGCAAAUGAUACAUAGGUUUUUAAAAAGCAUUGAAACUCACGCUAAAGAAAGGAUAAAGUUGAAAAAAAUACUGGACGAGCUGAAUAUUUUACAACGACAGUUCACUGCAGUUCAAAAGAGGUUGCUCGUGCAAUACGGUUCCUUGCCACCCGCCGACUGCGACCCUCUCGAGUUUCUAAUGAAAGACACACAUCAGCGUAUAAUAAUUAUUGUCUACGAAAUUAUUCAGAACAGGAAUGUGGUGUGCAGAGCGGGCAACACUCUUGUUGCUAUUGGACGUCUUAUCAUUUGCAUAUUAAGAAAUUCUUCAACCGAUACUUUAAAAGUGGUCCUUAUUGAAGAAAUGCUGUCUCUGGAUUUAUUGCAUGACGAUUGCCAAGAAUGGGAAGAAGCGGUGACUAAAGUCUCUUCUUUUGUAUCAAACAAAUUAUUAAAAAAUACAGAAAAAGAUAGAGAAAAGUUAGCGCCGGUUUCUGAAGAAGAAACUCUGUCUCACAUCAACUUGAAGAGAUUUCUAAGAAAAUUAAAAAUAAUCCUGGAAAAAGUAUUCGAUGAAAUAAACGAAGAUACACAGGGAAAUAUAAUGCGAACAGAAGAAUUGGUUGAAAUAAUAUAAUUAAAAUGAUAACGUGUUACUAUUGCUG